AUGGCCACCGCGGCUUCCAAUCCUUAUCUGGCCAGCAAUAGCAUCUUAUCGUCCGGCUCCAUCGUGCACUCUGACUCUGGAGGUGGCAUGCAGCCGGGAAGUGCUGCGGUUACCUCGGGGUCUGGGGGCUACAGGGGAGACCCCUCAGUCAAGAUGGUACAGAGUGACUUUAUGCAAGGCGCAAUGGCAGCAAGCAAUGGGGGACACAUGCUGAGCCAUGCCCAUCAGUGGGUGACAUCCCUCCCUCACGCCGCAGCGGCAGCAGCAGCAGCCGCGGUCGCUGCAGCUGAAGCCGGAUCGCCCUGGUCGUCGAGUCCCGUCGGGAUGACGGGCAGCCCGCAGCAGCAGGACGUGAAAAACUCCGGCAGAGAUGAUCUGCAUACGGGCACCGCGCUGCACCACAGGCCCCCACACUUAGCUCCCCACCAGACUCACGCCGGGGCUUGGGGGAGCACUACUGCGGCUCACAUUAACUCCAUAUCCGGGGGGCAGCAGCAGCAGCAGUCGCUGAUCUACUCCCAGCCGGGGUUCACUGUGAACGGCAUGCUUAGUCCGGGGAGCCAGAGCCUGGUGCACCCGGGCUUGGUGAGGGGGGACACCCCGGAUCUGGACCACGGCAGUCACCACCACCACCAUCACCACCAGCAUCCACAUCACCAGCACCAUGGCGGCGUCAACAGCCACGACCCGCACUCGGACGACGACACGCCGACCUCGGACGACCUGGAACAGUUCGCCAAGCAGUUCAAACAGAGGAGGAUCAAACUGGGCUUUACGCAGGCGGACGUUGGCUUGGCUUUGGGCACCCUAUACGGGAACGUUUUCUCUCAGACAACCAUUUGCAGAUUCGAGGCUCUGCAGCUCAGCUUCAAAAACAUGUGCAAGCUCAAGCCUUUGUUAAACAAGUGGCUCGAGGAGGCUGACUCGUCCACCGGCAGCCCCACCAGCAUCGACAAGAUCGCGGCGCAGGGGAGGAAGCGAAAGAAGCGCACAUCCAUCGAAGUGAGCGUCAAAGGGGCUUUGGAGAGCCACUUCCUAAAAUGCCCCAAACCCUCGGCCCAGGAGAUCACCAGCCUGGCGGACAACUUGCAGCUGGAGAAAGAGGUGGUUAGAGUGUGGUUUUGCAAUAGGAGACAGAAGGAAAAACGGAUGACGCCCCCAGGAGUGGCACAGACGCCGGAGGAUGUGUACUCUCAGGUCGGCAAUGGGCAUUUUUUAGUAGAUUACUUAAAAGAUGCAAGUGAAGCGAGCGACCAGAGGGUGACAACUACAAGUUCAUUCCACCAGGUAAUUUUGGCGCAUUAA